GGGGCCGGUCUUUCUGGUCUUACUGUUGCCUUGACGCUCCUUCAAAAUGGUAUACCGGUGAGAAUUAUCGAAAGAAAUGUCGAGCAUAGACAAGGACAGCGGGGCGCAGGGAUCGCACCUCGUGGCAUGGAAGUGUACCAUUUCCUUGGAGUAAAUGAGAUUGGCAGGGACAAGCAGCCAAUCCUCCCGCUUCGGACAUACCAUGUGGGAGGAAAGGAACCAUUGCAAACCCUACCCAUGUUUCCGUCCUAUGAGGCAACACCCUCACGGCCAUAUAUUAACUACGCUUUUCUUGGUCAAGAUAUCAUGGAGGGACAUUUACGAGAACAUCUUGCGAAGUACUCCUGUUUUGUGGAGCUCGGAACCGAGCUCCGUUCCUUCCAACAGUACUCGACACAUGUUGAAGCACGGAUCGGAAAGGUUUCUGAUCCUGGCCACCCCGAAGAGGUUAUAAAUGUAGAAUGGCUAAUUGGAGCGGACGGCGCGAGGGGUGUCGUACGAAAGAACCUCGGAGUAACGUUUUUAGGGGAGACACGAGAUGAAUCAGCGAUGCUGGUUGGUGACGUUAAGGUAGGGGGUUUGGAUGAGGAUCAUUGGCAUAUAUGGGGAACGAUGGGCUCAGAUCUCGUCGCCCUCCGAGCAACGAAGGACUUGGGCGAGGGUGGAUUUGUACUAUUUGCAAGUGGCCGAGGAAUCAACGCAAAAGUACUUGCUACUGACAAUGACGCCCUCUUCGAAUGGAUGCAAACUGUGACAGAGAGGGACGAUCUGACAUUUGAGAGAGUACACUGGGUGUCCGAGUUUAGACCAAAUAUUCGGAUGGCUAAUAAGUUUGGGGAUGGAAGAGUAUUCAUUGUUGGAGGUGCGUAUGGCGUCCAUAGCCCCACUGGCGGACAGGGAGCCAACUCCAGUGUCCAGGAUUCUCUCAACCUUGGAUGGAAGCUUGCUCUCGUGGUUAAAGGAUUCUCUCCCCCAUCCUUGCUUGAAACCUACACCGAAGAACGCCUCCCCGUAAUCGCCGAGAUGUUGAAAUUGACGACAUUCCUGCUUGACAAAAAUAUCGAAACAGACAGGGAAUGUCAAGGCACAAGCUGGCAGCGGGGCCACGAGUACUUUCAACUCGGCGUGAACUACAGAGGCAGCCGCAUCACCCUCGAUGAAGAUCAGUCGGGACAGGUUGAAGCGAAUCCUUAUGGGGACUUCAAAGCUGAGACUCUACGAUCAGGCGAUCGGGCACCCGAUGCGCCUGGACUGCGACCCCUUGGAUCAUUACACGACCCAAAAUUGAGGCUGUUUGAUGUGUUUAAAUCGCAUUGUCACACAGCCCUCGUCUUCGCCAAUGAUUCUAUGCAGGCCGGGCCCAUUCGGACCGAAUUGGAAAGGCUUCCAAGGGGCAUCCUCCAUUCUCUUCUGUUACUUCCAGAAGGAUCAAGCGAUUCAAAUCGCUAUGGAGUCGAUGGAGUGGUAAUUGAUACGCGAGGGCAUGCUUAUGAUGCAUAUAAGGCAAAGAAGGGACAGUUGAAAGUUGUCAUUGUGAGGCCAGAUGGAACGAUUGGAGCGAUUGUUCGAGACAUUGGGGGGAUACGAAGAUACUUCAGAAUGAUUCUCUGGAACAUCGAA